AAUCUAUUUUUCAAUUUUUAAAACAGCAGUCAAGAAAUUGCCUGUGAAAAAUGAAUUUCUUGUUGCAUGUGAUCCAAAUUGGCACUCUAGAAAAAUAAUAUAAUAAUGAGUCAGCAUUCAGCAAAGCGCAAGCAACUGGAUCGAAAUUGCCAAAUCUUGCAGCCUUUAAGUUCCACAACUGUUAAUUCUCAAUUCUCGAACAAUUUGCAGAUCCUACCCAUCAAGAAACCAAAAACCAUGUCCAAUAGUAAUCUUCAACCCUCCCGCCGGCCGCCGGAGCUGCUUCACCUGCCGGAAGGGUACCCAAGGAUAGGCUAUGACGAUGACGCAUUUUCACUUGUGGGAAGUGGAGAAGGCAUGGUGGAGAAGGGGAAGUCAUCGGCCGAUUCAAGGUUGCUAAUGCUGCUGGAAUUUUUCAGACAACUCUAUAUCAGGAGAAGUGAAGUGUUUAAGAAAAUAUUUGAAGAGUCGCAUGAUGAAUUCGUAGAAAUGUUCAAGGAAGUUGGUGCAAAGUUGUCCAGGCAUGGAAGAUCAAGAAGGAACGAGACUACUGCAACUUUGAAAAGAAGCUUGAGUGUUGGGUCACAACGGAUUCGUUCUAUUGAUGGAGAUGAUCAAUUUCCUUUGAGACUCGAGAGGUUCAAGGUUCGGACGGUGGUUCCUGGCGGUGGCGGUGCCGGUUCUGGUGCCCAAGGGGACAAGGGUGACAAGUCUGGAACCAAAUCCAAAUAAAGGGAAAAAAGAGUUCUUUGCUUCUUUAGAUUUAAAUAAGUUAUUACAAAUAUGAUGUUGUAUGGAGAUUUUAGAUAUGACAAACAUAAAACAUUGGCUAUACCAUAUUGUGGUUAUAAUUUAGUAUUUGUUUAUUUUAUGGUAAGGAACAAUUUAAGUUCAUGUUUCCUUAUGAAAUUAAGGGAUGAUUGUAAGAAAAAAAAAUAAACAAAUUGCAUUUUUUUAACUUUUUGUAAUUUUUAACUAAUUUAAGAUCGCAAUGCAAAUGCAAAAUAAAGGCCCAAUUAGUACAUAGAAUCAAACUCACAAAUCCAACCCCUACAAGAAUUUAACAAAAUAUAAAUAAAAUUCAAAUAUGAAUAUUGAUGUUGGUAAUAUUAGACUGAUGAUGUGGCCGAAAUAAUAUUGUGUUG